AAAAAUUGGGAGACCAGAAUGGUGAAUUUGUCAUCCAGCUGGGAUAAUAACAGAAACCUGCUGCUAGAAGCUCUUCUUAAUCUUGAGAGUCUCCCUUCACCUGAUCAUUGUCAGAUAUGUUUGGAAGAGAAAACACUUAUAAGAUGUCAUGACUGCCCAAAGAAAUUUUUCUGUCCUUCAUGUGAUGUAAAUGUGCAUUCUUUCUUGCCAUUUCAUAACAGAGAUGGGUUUGUUGAUGGUUUCUUUCAGGCUAUCCCUCCAAUGGUGAUAAUUGAUAAAAAUGGAGUAAAGCAAAACAUAGUUAAGCCAUUUCCAUUCAUCAGUUUGCCUGGGUACUGCCCAAGCUGUAAAGAGGCUGGGGUUUCACGCCAAUUAACAACUUCAGGAGUGGUCAUUGUUGUGAAUGAGAAAGGAUUAUUUUAUUUAAACAAGUCUACCAUCCAAUGUAGCCAGUGCAAUUUUGUUUCUCCAUCCUGGUCCCUAAGUGGUGUUGUACAUGCAGGGUAUUGGCCAGGAAGCCCCACAGAUACAAGUUAUGUCUUUGAUCAGCAGCUUUUUCAUCUGUGGGAUACUUUUAAGAAGAGAAUGCCUGGGACCUCAGAAAGCUCCUUUAUCAGAGCUAUUGAGGAUGUUUCUGUUAUGAAAGGAGGGGCACCAACCAUUAAUCAUACCACAUUCUCAAGGUCUUUUAAAGAGUGGAAGUUCUUGCAGUACGAGUUAGAUUGUCAUCAAGGGCUUGACUGGAUGAAGUGCCUUUCUUGUUCAAUUUUUCAGCACUCCUGCGAUGUUGAUGGAAACAUGAAACUUUAUCACUUCAAGACAUCAGGAAGGUUUGUAUUCACUGUAUAUAGAGGUGUAUUGCUCAAAUUAUGGUAA